AGAACUAAUUUCCUAAUUAGUUAAUAAAUUCCAGAAGAAGAAAGUGAUGAGCAGUAGGAAACCAAACAGUUGAGGGAGCGAGAGAAAAUAACCAAUAAAAAUACCAUAUAUAUAGUAAACGCCUACUGGAAUUCUGACAGCAACUCGAGAAUUUCGGGUGUGAGAUUUUUCCCAGCUCAGAUUUGACUGAUCCUAUCCUAUAUAAUUCCCAUUGGAGUUUUUACUCUUUUAAAUUACCCUCUUUCAACGGCUCCAUUAACAUCUUAUAACUUCCCCUCUGCUCUCUUUCUUCUUCCAAUUCCCUUCCGUCACAGCACAGGCGCUGCCCAGUGCCCUUCUCUCCAUCAGACGAGGAUUCAGGGCCUUGUGCUAAUUUUUCCAAAGAAAUGGCUUUUCAGACUGCACAUAUUUCUCUUACUGUGGCAGCUUUUGGAGUUCUAGCCUUCAUAUUUGGAGUAAUUGCCGAAAAUAAAAAGCCGGCAUAUGGAACUCCAAUUACUGGAAAGGGUGUUGUUAUUUGCAAGUUUCCUUCAGAUCCAACCGUUGCUUUGGGGACCUUAUCUAUUGUAGCUCUCUUUCUGUCAGUUUGUUUUGGAUUUUUCUCUGUAUUUUACCCCUACAAAGGAAAAUCUGUUCCAACUGAGGCUUUGUUCCGGAAUGCUACCAUGAUUGUGUUCUUCAUAGUUGCAUUGGUUGUGUCCGUGCUUGCAGAGGGGAUGAUGAUGUGGGCAACGAUCACUGAAGGCCUUCACAUUGCUCGCAAUGUUCAUCACAAUCUCGAUUAUCAAUGCCCCACAGCCAAGACAGGUCUUUUUGGUGGUUCUGCCUUUCUGGCCCUUGACGCUUCAUUAUUCUGGUUGAUUUGCCAAAUGUUGACACUCAAUGCGAGAGCUGACUACCUAGAGCAAGAAGACCCCAAAGGUGAUUACGGCCAGGUCCUUGCAACUGAAUAUGAUGCAAGGGCCAAGCCCUAAAACUCCUAGAUGCUUUUGAGUAUCUUGCUGCUUUGGUUGAUCAUGUAUGGAGUCAUCAUUUUCCAUUUUCAGUCUCUACUGUAAAUAUGAAUGUCAAUCUAGGUCUGUUGCUCGUUCUUAUGUUUCUGAUAUUUAAUAGCAAUAAUGAACAGUGUGUAGGUUUCUCCUUGAAAUAGUGUGCCCCCUAAAUCAUGAAUGUUAUCAAACCUGAUUUAUACAAUAAAAAUCAGGCCAAAAUAUUAUCUAUUUUUUGUGCACCAACUUGUACCAUUUCAAAUUGAAAACUAAAAUUCCUUCAUGUA